AUGUCAAUUCCGGAAGGUGACUACGAGAGAGGCAAGAAGUUAUUUAAAAUGCGAUGCCUUCAGUGCCAUGUUAUCGAUUCAGAUGCGAAUAAAAAUGGCCCGACGCUGAAGGGUGUAAUUGGACGUAAGUCGGGUACUGUUGAUGGUUACCCAUAUUCUACCUCCAAUAAGAAUAAGGGCGUGGUUUGGACACGUGAAACGUUAUUCGAAUAUUUAUUAGAUCCUAAAAAAUAUAUUCCGGGAACGAAAAUGGUAUUUGCGGGCUUGAAGAAGCCUCAAGAGCGUGCUGAUUUGAUCAAAUUUAUAGAAGAUGAAUGUAAGAAAUAA